GCUAGAGCUCAUCCGACUGCGCUUCAUCCAUCUGGCCAGUCGGCACCUAGCGUUAGCCUCACCUAUCUGGCGCGUUGGGCGUGUAGAGCAUCAAAGCAUCGUUCGUCGCUUCUACGAGAAAGUACCCGUUUGAUAUCGUGACCAUAUCCACCGGGUUUACGUUGAUCAGUCUUUGCUUGCGCAGCAGCGCAUCGUCCCGCAACCAAACCUUGCUGGCGCGGGAGCUCAGUAGCGAAAUGGCUGGCAAGAGCACGAUGGCCCUUGCUUGGGCACUUGUAGCGGCCAUUCUCCUGGCCUCCGGUCCUGCCGAGGCCGCACGCAAAGCUUUCCUCAGCGACCUCGAGGCGAGCAGCAGUCAGGCAGCUGCCAGCAGGAGCGGGCGCCGCCUGCUGCACUCUGAAAUUCCGGAGGGUGCUGAUGUGGAGAUUCUCGACAGCGCGGACUACGAUGUUAUCGAGGUCCUGAGCGCCGCGUAUGAUCCCAUGAUUGGCGCAUACGGCGGCUAUGGCGUGUACGGAUACUAUGGCAACUUCUAUGGCGUAUAUGGCUCUUACGCUGGUGACUUUUUUGUGGACUACAUGUCUGAGCUUACCGACGAGGAGAUCUUCGCUGAGCUGGACAAAGGCGAGCUGAACCCUGCCGGCGGGCAGCUUCCGGGCGGCCACCGCCGCAGCCUGCUGCAGCACCACAUGGGCGACGGCCACGAUCACGGCCACGGCUACAUGGGGCAGGAGGUCCCCGUCGAGGACGCUGAGCUGCUGGACUGGCCGUUCGAGGUUACUGACUACGGCGCUGCCUUCGACGUCUUCGACAACGGUAUGGGCAGCUACGGCAUCUACUCUGGCUACGCCUAUGGCUCGUACAGCGGCAUGACCUCGGUCUACGGCGGCUACUACGGCGGCGAAUGGUGGCUGGACGCCGAGGGCGUGUGGCAGCACGUGGAGGAGAUGGGCACGGCCGCGUGGCUGCUGGACGACGCAGUGCAGCAGGCCGCUGAGGAGGACCUGGCGGCGAACAUUGCCGAGGCCGGCAACAUGCACAUGUAAACGCAGGUGCUAGUCUGCUUGAGCCGCGUGUGCUAUGUUCAGCGACGGCAACGUCGCAGCGUUGGGGUGCACCUGUCUCACGGUCAUAGUUAUUUGCGUGACGUCACUUGUAUUUGGAACAGCAGCAGCAGCAUGCUCGGGGGAGCCAAUGGUAGUUAGUGCACACAUUGUGGCCGCGCCGGUAGCGUCGGCGGUUUUCUUGCAUUUACUGUGAUUGAUGGCGGGGCUGGCGGGGCCUGAGAAUUCCAUAGGGAUAUGUGUGCAUGCAGCACGGGUGGCCGGACUCCCGAUAUCGGGAGGCACAGUGAUUUACUACUGUGACCAGUGGUACCAAAGUGAGCCAUCGGCACCGCAUUUUCGCCAUGUUAAUUGUGAGCUUAGCGUGCGGUAAGAACUUCUACGGUGAUUACCACGUCCUGCAAGCGUCGGGAUAGCCAUUGCUUUAUCUACGGAAUACCGUGAUCUGCUGCAUACGUGGGUGCGGUCAGGAUGUGCGCCGCUGGUCGGAUCUACCGUAUUGAAGCCUGGGCGGGGCUUGACGUAUAGUACGCUGCACGUUGGAGUGAGCACGUGUAAGCCUACAGGGAGUUUUCGUGGCACCGCGCAUAUGCGAUGAAAGAAACAUAAUGGAAGACCCCGGCAGAGGGCGCACCAUCCCAUGCCAAUGCAAGAGCACGCAGCCGCUGCUGCUGGUCCGCCCGAC